GCAGAGCUCGAAGGGUUUUAGUAGGAGGGUUUUAAUCUGCCAUGGGGGGCGUGCUCUCUUCCACAGCAACGAGCCGCAGCAACACUACAACCACUGUUACUCGUCUUCUAACUCUGCGAUUCUCAAAACCUCGACUGAUCGCUGAACUCGGCAAAGCCCAGCAUGUCCGAUUCUGAUUCUAAAACCCUAGACCCCGAAUCGACAACCCCCAAAACCGACGACCUGGAAAACUCAGCUUCAACCAAGCCCCUCGAUCCCUCAAUCGGAGGUGCCGAAGCCAUCCAAAAGGAUUUGGGCCAAGCGGAGAUGGAAAAUGGGGAGGAAGGGGAAGAAGAGGGAGAGUGUGGGUUUUGCUUGUUCAUGAAGGCGGGCGGUUGCAAGGAGAGUUUUAUAGCGUGGGAGCAAUGCAUUGAGGAGGCUGAGAAGAUGAAGGAGGACAUUGUCGAAAAGUGCGUCGAGGUGACUGGGGCGUUGAAGAAGUGUAUGGAGGCUCAUGCCGACUACUACGAGCCAAUACUCAGGGCCGAGAAAAUGGCCGAGGAGGAGGCCAUUAGGGAGUUGGACAUUGAAAAGGAGAAGGAGAGGGAAGCUUCUUCUGAGGGUUCGUAGCAAUAUGUGGUUUUGGAGUCAAGGGGCUUCUGACUGAAUUGACACGAUAGGUGCUUUUUUCUCUUCUUUAAAUCAUGAUUUAUCAGGCAUAAAAAAAUUAUUAUCUGCGGCUAUGAGCGGCGGUGAAAGAG